AUGGGAUUCAUUGCAUCUUUAUUGUGUGGUUCAAGCGAUUCGGAUAGCUCUAGGAAACAGAAGGGUAGGAAUUCAUCGUCAAGUAACAAUAGUAAUAAAGGUUCUAGUGGGUCAAGCUCGGAGAAAAGUAAGAGCAAGAAUACGCUAAGUGCAAAGAAGAGUGGACGUCCAGGGGUUGCUGCGACUCAUUCAAGACAAUCAGAAAUUCAUACUACGUUAUCCAAUUCUACAGCCAAGAUGCAUCUGAAAAAGAAAAAUGCGGCGAACAAGCAUAGCUCAACUGUAGCGGCUGUUGCAAGUGCGCCUGUUGAGAAGAGUCCGCUGUCGAAGAAUACGGCUGCUGUUAGUAAUAACGAUACUGAUAGUGAUGUCGUUGACGUUGACAUGGUUGGAGAGGAAGAUGACGAUGUGGAUGUAAAAGGGGAUGAAAAGCAAACACUGUUGGUAUAUAACGCUGAAUCUGAUACAAGUACUGGCACAACUGCAGACACCGCAGUGUCUGCAACUCAGCCAACUGCAGAGGUCACGACCACGAUUCACGAGACUGAACAUACCAGUAGUGCGGAUGACUCCGAGGGCAUUCAUAGUCAAGGCGUUAGCGAUGUAGAAAUGACAAAUGGGGAGCCCGAAGAUGGGGAACCUUUGGAUUUGUCUCAAUUGCAGCCAGAUCAGGCCCAUGCACCGGGGUGCAAUACCUUGUUGUUGCCGAAGGCCGAUAUGUUUAAGGGUAAGAAAUGUCUAGUCUUAGACCUGGAUGAAACGUUGGUCCAUUCCUCUUUCAAAUAUCUACGUACUGCUGAUUUUGUUAUUCCUGUGGAAAUCGAUAACCAAGUUCACAAUGUGUACGUGAUAAAAAGGCCUGGUGUCGACGAAUUUUUGAGACGCAUUACUGAACUAUACGAAGUCGUGGUGUUUACUGCAAGUGUGUCCCGCUACGGUGACCCAUUGUUGGAUAUAUUGGACAAGGACAAAACUAUUCAUCAUAGGUUGUUCAGAGACUCCUGUUACAACUACGAGGGCAAUUAUAUCAAGAAUCUUUCCCAAAUUGGUAGACCACUAUCAGAUAUGAUUAUCUUGGAUAAUUCCCCUGCUUCUUACAUAUUCCAUCCUCAGCACGCCAUUCCAAUCUCAUCCUGGUUUUCAGAUGCCCACGAUAAUGAAUUGCUUGACAUCAUUCCACUUCUGGAAGACUUGGCUGAAGAGAGGGUACCUGAUGUUGGGGAAAUCUUAGAUGUGACAAUAUAA